AUCACUGAUGACGAGCUUCUCGAAAACGCUGGCCUCGACGCGAUAGCGUUUAUCCGACUAUUGCGACUUGGUACCAGAGUCGCCGUUGUUGGCUGUUUGAAUGCUAUCUACUUGAUACCAGUAUAUAAAUACCAGGGUUCCGGACCGGCCAAUGAAGAUGAGCUCGCUCGCAAGAAAGUGAGAGAGCGAAAUAAGCCCGUUCUGAUGUUGGAACAUGAAUACAACAUAUGGCAUCACAGAGGUGUCCGUCCUCAAAAGCGCUCGAGCUUUUUCUCUAAAGAGAAAAUUGAUGUUAUUGAAGUUCUUGAAGUACAACGGACUGUGUUGAACGAUUUUAUCGAGAGAGAUUUCAGUGAUGCUGAGUGUUUCCAGGAAAUGGUCGAUGAGCAAAGCCCAAGGCGUAAAGUGCUGGACAUCUCAUCGGGGGCGAACAUGGUGCCGUUGGUCCCUCUGAAGAAGCUCGUGCCAUCGAAAAGCUUCCGAGUCCUCUCUGAUGGCUUCGUCACAUUCAAGUCACUACAGUUCACUGCAAAGGCCUUGCAAAUGCAGCUCUAUGACGAACCUCAUGCUCUAUGCAUUGAAUCAGCGCCGCUACCUGAUGGUGUUUACUGGAGCAAUGUUGGUAUGCCGCAUUUCCAUCAGCAAUUAGGUAUUGUGAUGUCUCUGGCGGCCACCACGGCGUUGUGCAUUUUCUGGACUAUUCCUGUCACUUUCGUUGUGUCUAUAUCGAAAGUGUCCUUCCUGAAGGAAGAAUUACAUUUCCUCCAAAAGCGCUCUAGAAGCCUGGCCUCCUCUCGGAAUCGUACUCCAACUCUUAUCCCCCAUUGCCCUUGCGCUGUUGAACGAGCUCCUGCCGUUCAUAUUGGGGGUUUUCUCGAA